AUGACGUGCAAAAUUGUUAUAAACAAUCCAGGCAUUUUUGGUCCAGGUGAUGCGAUAUCGGGAAAAAUAAUAUGCAUGUUCGAAAGGGAAGAACGAAUAAGAGGUAUUAAAUGUCAAUUUCGUGGAAGAGAACAAGUUCACUGGAACGAGCGCAGAGGCAAACAUACAACACAUUAUCAUGGACAAAACGAUUUUGUGGUGGCUAAUACCAAUUUUGCUGAAGAAGGUACUAUGGGGCCUGGAAAAUACGAAUAUUUCUUUUCGUAUGUACUGCCUCCAGCAUUUAUUCCAUCUUCUUACCAACAUCAGUUUGGUAGUAUCAGAUAUUUUUUGCACGCCUUUGUGGAUAGACCGUUUGCAUUCGAUUACAAAGAUGACGUUGCAUUACAUGUUGUAUCACCUAUAAUAAAUUCUCCAACAACACACCAAAUGAGACCAAUAUCACUUGAAGUCAACAAAGAAGUAGGGACAUGUUGCUGGCCCAAAGAACCUUCAACUAUGGAGUUACAAUUAGAAAAGGACAACUACGUAGUAGGAGACGUGAUAAACUUUAAAGCACUUAUUAAUAAUACAUCCGAUUCAGAAAUUAGCAGCGUAAUGGUACAAUUAUCCACGACUAUUCAACUUACGGCUUACUCCCCAUCGACCAGGCAUAAAACAGAGAGAGUUCUUUUAGCUGUAGCAGAAGGAUCUGGUGUUGCACAAGGAAGCAGGAAAAUUCAUAAAUUUAGUCUAAAAAUUCCAGAAACUGCUAUAAUAACCAAUUUUACUAAAUGUACAUUAUUUAGACAAUGGUGUUCGUUACGGGUACAAGCGCUUUAUCCAUUAUUUCACAGUAAUAUGGUUGCUGAAAUUACUAUUAAAUUAGGAAACACAGUGAUUAGGAUGGAUCAAAUGCAACAUCCUAUUUCUAACCCUUCAAAUAGUUUUGUUCCUGUAGCCCAAGCCCCUCCAGUCGUUUAUCCCCCUGUUCCACCUUCUGCACCUCUGGCCAAUGACCGAUUAACCUAUAUUGAUGACAACAAUGGUACAGCCGAAGGACCCCCUCCUUCAUAUGAUGAUGUGGUUAAAGGCAGCUACUGA